AUUUGGAGUGCUAAUAAAAGUUCUUGUGCCUAGUGAAAAAACUCAAUAUAGUGUUCGCAGAAAAAUAUAUAUACUCUGCUCGUACUUUAAUCAUCAAUAUCCAAGGGGCUAUUUUGGCCGUGGCCAGUGUGGAUUGUGUUGGAUUCGCAUCUCCCUUUGCAAAUUACCGAUCUGGUGUAAGAGUGGGUCAAGGUGAACGAUGCCCCCGCAAUUCUCGAAUGAAGAGCUGGAAGAGCGGCUUACCGCCGCCGGGAACAGCCUUCUUCAGCCUCCCUCCUCAGUCUUUGAGCUCUUGUCCCUUCUCGACCAAAUUGAGGAGCUUCUUUCGAAAGUGGAGCAGUCACCUGCCCAAUCCAUGCAAACUGCUCUUUCUCCACUAACGAAGGCACUGAUCAUGGAAGAGCUUGUGAAGCAUUCUGAUGAAGAUGUUAAAGAUGUCUUUCAAUUGAUUGUGUCACCAUUUGAGAAUUUGUCCGAAACAUCCAGCAGAUCAUAUAGAAAAAGGGCCUCUAUACUUGAAACUGUAGCCAAAGUCAGGUCUUGUUUGAUCAUGCUGGAUUUAGAAUGUGAUCAGAUGAUCAAUGAGAUGUUCCAACACUUCCUCAAAGCGAUUAGAGAUUAUCAUCCACAACUCAUCUUUGCAUCCAUGGAGUCAAUAAUGACUCUUGUUUUGGAAGAAAGUGAAGACAUCUCCCCAGAUCUACUCAAUCCAAUUUUGGCUACCUUGAAAAAGAACAAUGAGAAUGUUCUGCCAAUUGCAAAGAGACUGGCCGCGAGAGUUAUUGAAAAUUCAUCUGAAAGACUUAGACCUUAUUUAGCACAAGCAGUAAAGUCUUUAGGUUCUCCUGCGGAGGAUUAUGGUGAGGUUGUAGCUUCCUUGUGCCGAGAGGAUACUGAUACAACUGGAAAUAAUAACGAGAGCGUCACAAAUGAUCCACAGGUGGUUAGGGAAGGUGGGGAAGGGAUCGAUUCUCAAGAGAAAGAUCUCACUUUGAUUGAAUCGUCUAAGUCAGUAGUUAGUAUUGUUCUCAAUGAGACUUGUACCGAAGAUACUAUGGCAGAUUCCAAUAUUUCAAAGGAGGCUAAUUCUGACCAUCAGAUUGAUGCCAAAUCGGUGUCCAAAACAGAGUCUGAUGACUGCAGUGCUCAAAAUUUAGAGAAGCUGGAAGCUAAUGCUACUGAUGCCGAACUUGUUGAAGCUGCCAAAUCUCUGAAUGAAGUUGAAGAUGCUACCAAUCAGCUUUCACCAUCACAUGCAUCUGAAAAUGAGAAUGUUGCAUCUCCAGUCCAUAGUGUAAGCCUUUCUGGUGAGAGCCGAUCUGAAAAAGAUAGUCCGGCCAAAGGGAAGGAGGACUUGGUUGAAGAAGUGAUAGUAUCUGUUGAUAUUGUUUAUAUGAAGGCACGUGCUGGAGGAAGGCGUUCGAAAUCAAAAAAGCAGCGGUGGGGUGGCAAAAAGAAGAAAUCUGUCGAGAAAACUGUGAAGGAGAAAGAAUUGCCUGGAGAGGGUGCAUCCAAGAAUGAAGGGACUGCAACAGAUUCAGAGGUAAGAUCACUGGACCAGACUCCUAAUAAUAAGACGGAAGAUGGAUCCUCAAUGAGUAAGGAAGAUGAGAAAAAUAAAGGACAUGUGAAGCCUACCUCAGGAAAAGUUCCACUGAAAUCUUCUGGGAAAGUAGUUCAUGCGAAAGUAAUUCGAUAUUCUACUUGGAAUGUUAAUUUAGAUUAG